AUGUUUAAUUCAUCUGCACUUUCACCCAACACUCCCCCUACCAUGUCCAGAACCCAGAAAGAGCAAGAUGCUGCCAACAGUCUUGUUGAACUUCAGCAAAUCUUCUCCAGCAACGACAACACUAUGCAACCCAACAGCGGCAUAAACUCUCCAGCAAAGUCACCUAUUGAGCCAAAUCAUCCUGCUACUACUACUUCUCAUUAUAUCAACCCUCAACAAUAUCCCCGUGAUGCGUCUGCCACUAUCAGUCCAUUUUCUCAGCAAGCGCCUCAUCCUCCUGGCUAUGAAUUGAUCAUGCUGCCAUCCAUUUACAGACAGAGAGAAUCAGCUGUCAGAUCCUCUUUGAGUCGCUCUUUGCCUGCCUUUGGCUCGCUGGUCCAUAAAGAAGAUAAAGAAUUGCGUCGAGAGUCUGCUAUCCAGAAUGACCGCCCUUUCCCACAAAGGCAAGCUCAACUACCUUCCAGGAAGCAAUUGAAGUUAUUCCAGGCACAGUACCGUUCAGUCUAUCAGGUCCAUCACUCACAUCAAGGGCCUUCAUUUCAAUCUCGCCUUCCUCAUCGGCUUCCCCAACUGACUCCAGCUCAGGCCUUUGCUCAUGUUCAUGCUCAGGCUUAUUACUUGGCUCAUGCUAGAGCUCAAACUUUUGGUUAUCCUCAACAACAGCAGCAUCAGCAUCAGCAGCCCUCUCCAAUCAAUAAUCAGCAACAACCUAUUAUGAAUCACUAUGUGCGUGCGUUAGAGGAUCGUCAUAACAAUCAGCCUUGGCCAGAAUCAAACAGCAACAAAAGCAGUAGGCCAGCCAGAGCAAAUGAUCCAACAUCUAUGCAAACUUCUUUCUCUAUCCGUGGCAAUGGAAUUCAUAUCCAACGCAGUACCUUGCAUCCGGAUCAACAACCUACACCAUCUAUUCCUUCUCGUCAACAUCAGGCUACCGAUAGAAGCUCGUCCCAGCAGCAAAUGGCACAUCAAAAACAACAACGACUUGCAGCCGUUUGCUCUCGAAAAUCCAAUAUACAAGCAGCUCCAUGUAAUUUGGAUCAACAGGGGAUGUCACGCAGCAAAACGUCAUUGAAUCCAGUUACCUUUUGCCAUCCUACUACCAACAUUACUCAUCAAGUGUACAACCAAAGAGAGGCCAUUCAACAGCAAGCUCACCGCCAACACCAGCAAGCUCACAAACAAGCUGUUCACCAGGUCAAUCAGCAUUUCAAGCAGCAACAUGCAAACCAGCAGCACCGCUAUCACUUACAGCAACAUCAACAAGCCAUGCAUCAAAGCAUGGAGUCAUCUCGCCAAACUAGAGAAGAGAUAGCUCAGCAGGAAUCACUGCCUCAUUGUCAACCAUUCACACAACGGCAGCCACAACAAGAGCAGCGUGCCAUUACCAUUUCACCAUCCACGACCUCUGAAACUGUCUUGACUACAGAAGCUGAGGAAGAUGAAGAUGAAGAAAUGUAUGGAUUGGAAGAAGAUGACGAGGAAGACGAUGAGUAUUUUGAAGAAGGAGACGACAGUGAUCCCGAGUUUCAAGGUGCCAGUAAAUUAAAAAAACACAGUGGUCAUAGCAGCAACAGCGGCAGCUCCAACCACCAUCAUCACGACAGCAAUGGCAGCAGCAGCCACACCCGCAACAAGAAAGGUAAAUACGUCAAAGAAAAGCCUCGCUGGACAGCUGAAAUGCGUGAAUCUUUAUUGAAAGCCGUGAUUACUUACAAAAACUUGGAUGACAUGACAAGCUUUCAUUGGAGUCAAAUUGGCAAGCAAGUGGGUCGAUCAGGUAAAGCUUGUAAAGACCAAUGGCGAAGAGCACUCUUACCCAAGAUUCAACACACAUUUGAUCGCUGUGAUCAAGAUUUCAACACCGGUACUCCUGGUGCGUCCUCCUACCCUGCCUCUCUGCAGCCACAGCAACAGCGUAACAACAAACAAUAG